CAGACUACAUGUUAUAGGCCAGCAAAGCUAGAGUAUCCACUACGAAACCCUCGACCUUGCAGACAUCGCAAGCAAAUACCUUCCCACCUGUUCAUCAUGGACAUGUUCAAGUCUGAAGCUUUCGCUGCCUAUAUGGAGCAAUUGAUGAAGCAGCACCAUGUCCCGGGACUUUCCAUGGCUGUUGUCCAAGGCGACGAGAUUGCCUCCGCGGGUUAUGGGUAUACUUCUCUAGACCCACCCAAGCCAUGUACAGCUGAUUCGCUUUUCGACAUCGCGUCGUGUUCCAAGUCCUUUACAGCGUCUUCGGUCGGACUUCUUAUUGGGGAUAAGAAAUACCCCGAAAUUCAAUGGGGUGCAAAAAUGUCGAAAUUGCUACCCGAAGAUUUUGUGAUGCCCUCGAAGGAACACACGGAUAAUGUGACAGUUGAGGAUAUCUUAAGUCACAGAUCGGGAAUGGGCCGGCAUGAUUUUUCGUAUAUGGGCCAAACCGCCGCGGAACCGGAUACCCCACGAUCCGUCACCAGAAACCUCCGAAAUCUAUACAUAGGAGCUCCCAUGCGAACGAAAUUCAUAUACUGCAACCAAAUGUUUACGGUAGCAACACAUCUAAUCGAAGUCAAGACCCAAAAGACCUUUAGCAAUUUCCUUGAAGAACGCAUUUUCCAACCCCUGAAUAUGACUUCAACUAGUCUUCAACCAUUCCGUGUCAAGGCAAAGGGUCAUGGCGACCGUAUCUCUCCCGGAUAUUACUGGGAAGAAGAAAAAGAGUCAUAUCGAUCAAUCGAAAUUGCGGAUACACCAGAAGACCAGGGCGCGGGUUCGAUCAUCACCAGCGCAAACGAUUUCAUCAAAUGGGUCAAGGCGUUGAUGUAUCACGAAGGACCUAUCACGAAGAAGCUAUACGAGGGUCUUGUAAAGCUUCGAAGCUUUUCACAACCGUACCCGAAGAAAUUGAAACCAUUUCAAUCACCAUGUUUCGAUUGUGCGGGUGUAGAAGUCCAUUGGUAUCGUGGGUACAUGAUGGUUGGUCAUGAUGGGGGGAUUUGUGGAUUCUCGAGCCGUUUCUUUUUCCUUCCGCAACUUCGUUUUGGUGUUUGUUUGAUUGCGAACUCUUCUGGCGGAUAUGAGAUUUCCGAAAUUAUCAGGCCGUUGCUGAUUGAUGCGGCUCUGAAAGUACCUGAGGCGGAAUGUGUCAUACGUAUUCCGAAAACAAUCACUGCGAAAGAGGAUGAUCUCCCUGUUCGCGAAAAGGACAAUCAAUCGUCAGGUCAAACACAAGAUAAACCCAAGGCUGGAAAUGAAGAGAAGGAAGAAGAAGAGGAGGAAGCAGAGGACAAACAAGCAUCAAAGAAGAAAAAGUCAGGAGGUUUAUGGGGUCGACAACAACCGGAAGCUCAUACAACACCCCUAAGCGCCUAUGUGGGGAAUUAUUGGCAUCCCGGUUAUCGUAACAUGAAAGUCGAAAUAACGGACGAUAAACUAUUCAUCGAUGCUUCGGACCGCACGGAUGGAUUCUUUGUUACUUUCGAACAUUUCUUGAAGCAGACACACUUCACUGCCCAUCUAUAUGAUAAGUAUGAAGGUGGCGAUUGGCCGGUAAAAGCCAAGUUCGAGCUUAAGGACAGCCGGGCUGUGAGGCUGGGAAUGGACCUGGAAUCGUCUUUGAACGAUUUAAUUUGGUUUGAUUAUCAGAAAGAGGGUGAAUAGUAAACUAUAACUGCUGCUGGUAUUUGCUAAAUACGAAAGAAAUAGGUAGUGUAGAGACAUAUUUUUACGAUUGAAUAUUUAUGGCAUAUCGAGUAAAGCCGUAUAUAUUGUAGGAAUGACUACUUCAAGUCUUGAAUAGAU